AAAUUUGGAAAAGAAAUAAAGAUACCUACUCCAAAAUCCACAAAGUUAAAGUUACAUUUCCAUGAUUAGCACAUUUGACAAAGUAUAGCAUCCUUUGUUUUAGUUGCUUAGCCCACUACCCUUUCCUUUCUCCCUUUUCUUUUUUAUUUUUUCUCAAAUGCUAGUGGUGAAUUUGUACCCUAUUUCCUUUCAAAUGCAUGAUAAGUAUCUCCCUCGGAUACACCAAUAAUGUCCAUCCUAAGGACAUUAUUGUAUUUUUGCGUCGGAGAAAAAAAAAACGUAACGUAUUUCCUUUUAUUCAUGGUGGUACAUGUAUAACACCGCCACCUUAAUACACUGCGGUCCACUUUAAAACUCUUUUAAAAGAGUGUAUGAUUGUAAUCGGGAUUUUCUUUAUUUGCCCUCUCUCGGGGAGAUGCUUAACAUUCAUCCACCCCCCACCCCUCUUAAAAGUUUAUUGUGUGUUGUCCACUAGUACCAUUGCACCAUCCUAUAGUAGCAUACUAUGUACUAGCCAUUAUGUUUUUAUACUAAUAAUGCUAGUGGUUCUCUAUCUUUACUUCAUGAAUUUUAAUUUUGGCAUUUAGCCCACUAAAAACUAACACCUUUCUAACCUCUAAGUGUUAGCAUAAGUCAUAAACUUUUUUUAUGGUUCUAUAUGGGCAUCUUUAGCAGCCAAAAGAGUAGAUAGCCCCACAUAGUAAUUGUUAUUCAAAGCUACCCUUAACAAUAGAUAGUGGGGAGAGUGGGAGGGGAAUGAGCUUAUGGAGAAGGAAACCAAUCAAGAUGAUCAAAACCCCUCACCCACGAAACUCGAACAAUCUCCCCGGAAACCACUGCUGGUUGGCGGCAGUAGUGGUGGUGAUCGUUUGAAGAGAGAUGAGUGGAGCGAAGGGGCAGUUUCUAGCUUGCUUGAAGCUUAUGAAUCAAAGUGGAUUCUUAGGAACAGGGCUAAGCUUAAAGGGCAAGAUUGGGAAGAUGUAGCCAAGCAUGUGUCUUCUCGUGCCAAUAACACCAAGUCACCUAAGACACAGACUCAAUGCAAGAAUAAGAUAGAGUCCAUGAAAAAGAGGUAUAGAUCAGAGUCUGCCACUGCUGACACAUCAUCGUGGCCACUUUUUUCGAGACUUGAUAACCUGCUGCGCGGGACUGGGGGAAGUACUGGACUACCAUCAGCUCAUUCAUCACCAAUGAAGGCCAUUGCUGUGUCGAGUAAUCCAGGUUUGGUAUUGGAGUCAAGUCCUGUUGCACUACAGUUGCCUCCACUACCAAUACCGCUGCCUGUGCCACCUCAGCAAGCACCUCCUCCCGUAGAGAUUGCUCAAAACUCUCAUGAGUCCAACGGAGCGGAGCCCAUGGCUAAGGAUUGUGACGAAGUAGCAGCAAAAGUUUCUGACCAAAUCUCAGACAAAAACCAUAAUGAUGAUGAUCACAUAGAAACUGACAGCAGCACUCCUGCUCUUUAUAGUGAUGACAAAAAUGGACCGAAGUUGAAGAAGUUGAUGAAGAUGAAGAGGAAAAAGCGCAGGAGAGAAGAAAAUAGUAGUUGGGAAGAUGUAUCAGAGAGCAUUCGGUGGCUGGGAGAAGCCGUGGUGCGAUCUGAGCAAGUGAGGAUGGACACCAUGAGAGAGUUGGAAAGAAUGAGGGUGGAAGCAGAAGCUAAGAGAGGGGAAAUGGAUCUUAAAAGAACAGAGAUUAUUGCAAAUACCCAGCUGGAAAUUGCUAGGCUUUUUGCCUCAACUACUGGGAAAAGUGUUGAUUCUUCUUUGAGGAUUGGAAGAAGUUAAAUACCUUGUUGGUAAUGUGGUAGUAUAUUGGAUUGGGGAAGUGGCGGAGCAUUCAUGGUAAAACCGAUUGUAUCAUGUACAUGGUACAACCUCCCUCAUUAAUUUCUUCGGGGGAGUUUUAGGGGGUUGGGAAAGUAAGGGAAACUUACCAUUGUUGAAUCCUUAGCAAAUUUAGGAUAAUAAUAGAUAACCUUGUUGAAUAAGGUUUGCAAAUACUCACCAAGACUUUUCCCGAAUUUUAUUUUUAUUUUAUCUUUCCCGCAUCCUUAGGAUUCCAUACCCCACCCCCUAGAUAAAUAAAUAAAGAAAAAUGAAAAAUUGCAUAAUAAUAAUUUUGAAGUGAAUGUCAUUAGGCCGAAUAAGCCUUAAAUAUUA